AUGCCUGGAGGCGAGGAGACGCUGGACCUGCCUGCUUGGAACCGCGCCCUGGACCCGGACUGGGACACCCACCACAGAAGCGCGAUGGCAUCUCUUGAUUCUGAGGUGAAGGAAGAGCGUCUGAAGGAAGACCUGAAGUUCUACUUCAUGAGCCCCUGUGAGAAAUACAGAGCCAGACGCCAGAUCCCAUGGAAGCUGGGCUUGCAGAUUCUGAAGAUAGUCAUGGUAACCACACAGCUUGUUCGCUUUGGCUUAGGCAACCAGCUGGUGGUGGCUUUCAAAGAAGAUAACACUCUUGCUUUUAAGCAUCUGUUCUUGAAAGGAUUUUCCGGAGUUGAUGAAGAUGAUUAUAGCUGCAGCGUAUACACUCAAGAGGACGCCUAUGAGAGCAUCUUCUUUGCUAUGAAGCAGUAUCGUCAUCUAAAGAACAUUUCCCUGGCAACUCUUGGUUAUGGAGAGUAUGAAGGCAACAGGACUGGCUUGAAAUUCUGUAAGCAGCACUACAAGACAGGCACCAUGAUUUCUCCUAACGAGACCCUGAAUAUUGACAGUGACAUUGAGACAGACUGCAUUCACCUAGAUCUCCAAGUGCUGGACAAGGAACCCGAGGGCUGGACACAGACUGCUUUCUUCAGGCUGGAUUUUUACCGGCUCGUGCAAGUUGAUAUCUCCUUUGUCCUCAGAGGAAUUGACCUACAGGCAAUUCACUCCCGAGAGGUACCGGACUGCUACAGCUUUCGGAACACGAUUACCUUCGAUAACACAGCCCACAGCGGAAAAAUAAGGAUCUAUUUUAACAGCAAGGCCAACAUAGAAGAAUGUAAAGCCAUGAAUAUAUCUGGAUCUAUUCAGAGAAGCACGCAGUACGUCCUGGUGUUUGACGUGUUUGUCAUUAUUAUCUGCCUGGCAUCCCUCAUCCUGUGCACCAGAUCCAUUGUCCUUGCUCUGAGGCUGAGAAAGAGGUUUCUCAACUUCUUUCUGGAGAAGCACAAGCGACCUGCGUGUGAUGCUGACCAGUGGGAGUUCAUCAAUGGAUGGUACAUCCUGGUCACUCUCAGCGACCUCAUGACAAUCAUCGGAUCCAUAUUAAAGAUGGAGAUCAAAGCCAAGAACCUCACAAAUUAUGAUCUGUGCAGUAUUUUGCUCGGGACGUCAACGCUCUUGGUCUGGGUUGGCGUCAUCAGAUACCUGGGCUAUUUUCAGACAUACAAUGUGCUCAUUCUAACCAUGCAGGCCUCACUGCCUAAAGUCCUUCGCUUCUGCGCUUGUGCUGGUAUGAUCUACCUGGGCUACACGUUCUGCGGCUGGAUUGUCUUGGGACCGUACCACGAGAAGUUCGAAAACCUGAACAUAGUGUCCGAAUGCCUGUUUUCUCUGGUCAACGGAGACGACAUGUUUGCUACCUUCGCUCAGAUCCAGCAGAAGAGCACCCUGGUGUGGCUGUUCAGUCGCCUUUACCUGUACUCCUUCAUCAGCCUCUUCAUUUACCUGGUCCUCAGCCUUUUCAUCGCGCUCAUCACCGAUUCUUACCACACCAUCAAAAAAUACCAGCAAAAUGGGUUCCCUGAAACGGAUCUGCAGAAAUUCCUGAAGGAACACAGUGGCAAAGAUGGCUACCAGAAAGAACCACCAGCCUUGCUGUCCUGUGUCUGCUGUCUGAGGAGGAGAGGAAGUGAUGACCAUUUGAUUCUCAUUGACUAA